UUGAAAUCUUCGCAUCAUGUCUGCUCCCGCCGUUCCAGAGCACAUCCUUGCGGACGAGUCCAACACAGGAUGCCAGUACAUGGGGGAGUCCUUGAUCGUGUUUGUAAUUGGAGCUUCGGGCGACUUGGCCAAGAAGAAGACGUAUCCUUCCCUCUUUGAGCUGUACACGCACGGGUACUUGCCGGAACACACUACAAUCUGUGGGUAUGCUCGGUCCCAUAAGACGGAUGAAGAGUUUCGCUCGUUCAUCGGUGGGUACCUCAAAACCACCGAGACUGAGAAGAAGGAGGCGUUCCUCCAAAAGUGUUUGUACCGGUAUGGCGAGUAUGGUUCUGUUGAAGCCGUGGGUAAAGUGAGUGCCGAAAUGUACUUGAAGGAGAUGUCGACGGGACUGAAGACGAAGAAUCGAUUGUUCUAUUUUGCCAUCCCACCCAACGUGUUUGUCCCGAUCGGGACGUCGAUCAAGGCUGCCGCAUUGUCGAGUGAAGGAUGGAACCGACUGAUUGUGGAAAAGCCAUUUGGCCACGACCUUUCGUCUUUCAAUGAACUUUCGACGGCAAUGGGUGCGUUGUAUUCGGAAGACGAGAUCUACCGCAUCGACCACUACCUUGGCAAAGAAAUGGUGCAAAACCUCAUGCUCCUGCGCUUCGCCAACAUCACAUUCGAGCCACUGUGGAACCGCAACUACAUUUCGAGCGUCAUGAUCACGUUUAAGGAAGACAUUGGUACCCAAGGCCGAGGCGGGUACUUUGACUCGUACGGGAUCAUUCGAGAUGUCAUGCAGAACCAUCUCCUUCAAGUGCUGUCGUUGGUGGCGAUGGAACCACCCGUCCGUGCAUCUGGAGAUGACUACGCUAACUUUGUUCGUGACGAGAAGGUCAAAGUGCUCGAAUGCAUCGAGCCCAUCAAGCUCAAGGAUACCGUGAUGGGUCAAUACAUUGCCGACCCCGAGAACCCAAAGUCCGAAGUCGGGUAUCUCGAUGACCCGACAGUGCCCAAGGGGUCUGUGACGCCCACGUUUGCGGCCUUUGUAAUGAAUAUCAAGAAUCCUCGAUGGGACGGCGUUCCGUUCAUCAUGAAAGCCGGCAAAGCCCUUAACGAGCGCAAAGCAGAAGUCCGCAUCACGUUCAAGUCCGCCCCGGGCGCCGAGCACAUGUUCCCCGGUGCCAAAAUCCCACAGAACGAACUCGUCUUGCGCUUGCAGCCCAACGAAACCGUGUACAUGAAAACGAAUGUCAAGAGUCCAGGGUUGAGCACCAAGGCCGUCGCGAGCGAACUCGAACUGAGCUACUCGACGCGGUAUGCCGACACGCACCUCCCUGACGCAUACACCCGUCUGGUGCUGGACGUGUUGCGUGGAAAGCAAGCGACAUUCGUUCGCGACGACGAACUGCGAGCGGCGUGGAAGAUCUUUACGCCGCUACUAAAUGAGAUCGAUCAGAAGAAGAUUCCUCCAAUUCCGUACAAGUUUGGGUCCCGCGGCCCUGCCGAAAGCGACGAGCUGGUGCGAAAGCAGGGGUAUGUGUACCACAGCGGAGCGUACCAGUACUCGCUUCGUGGGUCAUUGUAAGGUUGUGAAGAAAUACCGUUUAUUACAUGGAUGCGUGUGGUGUUGAAGCAAGGAUGGAUUGUUCCAGGGCGAGGUCGGUCUUGUAGAGGCGCACUGCGAGCGCAGAGACGGCUCGACUGAGGGCUUCAUCCGUCGUGAUGGACUCAAAGCGAAGUCCAAGGGAGGCAAGGUAGUUUUGGACUUCCAUGGGGAGUUCCAAGUGGAGGUGGCACGAUGGCGCUUCGUUCUCGAGAGGUCUCGCUUUGUCAGCGUUGUUCGGACAACGCAACUGCGCGAUGCUGUCUCUGUUGGAGCGAAGCUUCAAUUCCAUGUAGCGCAAACGCUGGGCGUCCAUUCGCUCAGCCAGCGUCGAUUGCCGCCGCCGCAUCGACGGCCGUGACUCUUCAUUCCGUUUCGGCAUUUGAA